UUAACUACGUACGUGGCUUGGAAACGUCACAUUAUUCUCUUCAGUAAUAUCAAAAUAUAACCUUUCACAAUGACCGAUCCUUUAAUUCGCUGGUGUGUAGAUCAGUUGAACAACAACUUUGGACUGGAGGCAAGCGAUGACAUUAUUCAGUAUAUUCUGUCAAUUGAUAACCAGGAGGAAAUUGCUGAGUACGUCGGAGAUCUGCUUCAAGGAACAGAUGGGAAGAAGAAGCAGUUCAUUGAUGAGCUUUUGGACAGAUGGCGCAGAACCCAGCAUCAGACCAGUGAUGGUGCCAGCUUCAUUCCAGUGAAAGAGACUGUAACAGGGGUUGGAGAAGUGACCAAAGACACUCAAAAGAAGUCUAAGCGAAAAGGGAGAAACAAACAAGAGGUCAUUCCUAUUAGUCAGCUGGAACCCGAGCCUGAGACUGUGAAAACUCCCAUUGAUUUACGGAAGGCACAAGAAAACAGUGCCCAGUCCUCUGUGAAGAAGAAGACUAAAUUUGUGAAUCUGUAUGCGAAAGAGGGUCAGGACAAACUGGCCGUUCUGCUCCCUGGACGUCAUUCUUGUGACUGUCUGGCCCAGAAGCAUAAGCUCAUCAAUAACUGUAUGACCUGUGGCCGUAUUGUGUGUGAACAGGAGGGUUCUGGACCCUGCCUCUUCUGUGGCAGCCUGGUCUGCACGAAGGAGGAGCAAGAGAUUUUGCAGCGUGACUCAAACAAAAGUCAGAAGCUUCUUAAAAAGCUCAUGGGAGAUCGAAUUGUACCUGCUGAGGGAUCAGAGAGGGACUGUCUCCCUCAUCAGGAAGCCCGGAUGAAAGCAGGUCUAGAGAAAGCUGUACAGCACAAAGACAAACUGCUGGAAUUUGACAAAAACAGCGUUCGUCGAACGCAAGUUUUGGACGAUGAGUCGGACUACUUUGCCACGGACUCAAACCAGUGGCUGUCUCCAUCAGAGCGCGAGGCCUUACGUAAGCGCGAGGAGGAACUGCGGGAUCUGCGCCACUGUUCUCGCAAAGACCGCAAGAUCACUCUGGACUUUGCAGGCCGAAAAGUGCUGGAAGAGGGGGAGAACCUGACUCAGUACUACAAUAAGUUUGAUGAGACAGUCAAUGCCAUCAACACAGGGACUCUGGUACAGACUCCAAAGGGUCCUGGCACAGCGGGGCGUCAGCAUCUAAGAGAACUGGUCAACCCUAACAUUUUACAGGCCGCACCUGAGUGGAUAGACCCAGGUAUGGGGGAGGCUGUGCGUAAGGCUCCAGGGAAAGGUAUGGGGAGUGAACAGGAAUCAGACCGGUCCAGGCUCAGGCUACAGGACAGGGAGCUGCAGGAGAUGUCAGACGGGGGCUGGUGUCUCAGCAUGCAUCAGCCAUGGGCCUCUCUGCUCGUCAAGGGCAUAAAGAGAGUGGAAGGCAGGUCAUGGUACACUUCCCACAGGGGUAGACUGUGGAUUGCUGCAGCUGCCAAGAGGCCCACCCCUCAGGAGGUAGCCCAGGUGGAGGCCAUGUACCGCCAGAUAUAUAAAAAAGAUAUCCAGUUUCCUAGAGAGUAUCCCACAGGGUGCUUACUGGGCUGCGUGAACCUGACGGACUGUCUCUCCCAGGACCAAUUUAAAGAACAGUUUCCCCAGAUUUGUGAGGAGUCAGCCUCGCCAUUUGUCUUCAUUUGCUCUAACCCCCAGGAGCUGGUGGUGAAAUUCCCCAUGAAAGGAAAGCACAAGAUCUGGAAGCUGGACAGUCAGUAUCACCAAAGCGCCAAGAGGGGUCUAAUGCAGCCAGUGUGACCUGGACAAAGAGACAAAUGGAGAAGGGUGGAGUGUAUGCAACCAUCAUGGUUGGAGGGACAUCAACCAUGUCAUGCUUUAUAAGCCUGGUAUACAAUUGCGUUAGUAGUUUGGGCAACAAUCUCAUACACUAUUUUUGGAUGUGCUAUAAUAAGUUCUUCUGAGGUUGCCUGUUUAAUUUAACUUAUUUCCCCAGACAUUUCUCUCAUUAUCAAAAGGUGAAAAUAUAUAUCGUGGACGGAACCCUGGAUUUGCAGCUUGCUUAAAAACUACAAAAAUACAUAGCUGUAACCUUUGAUUUCGGGACCACAAUGGCUGUCAAAUGCAGGCCACUCUAGAUUUGGUCAGGCUAUUCUCAAGGUGAUUGAGUAGCCUCUUUGUGACACAAGAAUCUCUGCAACAGAGAGCUAACAAAUGGUGCUCUCUGUAAUGGCUGAUUUUCAGAAAGUACAUCAGCACAAAGGCAUUGCCAGCAUUUUUGCCUUUCUU